UUCAGAGAAUACUUCACCGGGGAGUGCAUUUGAUUUGAAGUGGGGAGGAGGAGAUGAAGGCUUCCGGCAGGGGCAUGAGCCUGGGCACAGGUGUCUGCUGCAUCCUGUCACGCGCUGGGCUGGGUCGGGUCUAAAAAGACCCUGGAAUCCAUGCUGAACAUGUGGGAACUUACCUCCUAGACCAUGGGGAGGGGCUGACAUCCCAGGACCGGCUCAAAUAACAGACUCAGAGAACAGAAGCUAGAUAAACUCAGGUGACCAGUAAGCCCUGGAGGAGACUUGGGAAGAAACAUGAGCUGCCCCUGGAAAUCACUCAAGAGGAAGAUGGAAGAGGCCAUUUAAAAUAGAUUAGAAGCUGCAGGCCGCAAGACUGGGGCCAGAGGGCUGUCAGUGGAAAACUCUGUUGGGUUGUGAUCUCUUACUGAAAAAUUCCAGGUGCCUUUUUGCUUCCUGCAAAACAAAGGAAGCAAAGGAGAAGACCAUGUCCAUAGCUCUGAAGCAGGUGUUCAACAAGGACAAGACCUUCCGGCCCAAGAGGAAAUUUGAACCUGGCACACAGAGGUUUGAGCUCCACAAACGGGCUCAGGCAUCCCUCAACUCGGGCGUGGACCUGAAGGCAGCCGUGCAGCUGCCCAGCGGGGAGGACCAGAACGACUGGGUGGCCGUGCAUGUAGUGGACUUCUUCAAUCGGAUCAACCUCAUCUAUGGCACCAUCUGCGAGUUCUGCACGGAGCGGACCUGCCCUGUGAUGUCAGGGGGUCCCAAAUAUGAGUAUCGGUGGCAGGAUGACCUCAAGUACAAGAAGCCAACUGCACUGCCUGCUCCCCAGUACAUGAACCUUCUUAUGGAUUGGAUUGAGGUCCAGAUCAACAACGAAGACAUCUUUCCAACAUGUGUGGGUGUUCCCUUCCCAAAGAACUUCCUCCAGAUCUGCAAGAAGAUCCUGUGCCGCCUUUUCCGGGUCUUUGUCCACGUCUACAUCCACCACUUUGACCGGGUGAUCGUGAUGGGCGCCGAGGCCCAUGUCAACACCUGCUACAAACACUUCUAUUACUUCGUCACAGAGAUGAACCUCAUAGACCGCAAGGAGCUGGAGCCCUUGAAAGAGAUGACGACCCGGAUGUGUCACUAACGCCCACCUUGCCCU